UUAAAAUCGGCUCCCUCACGCACACAGGGAAGGUUCCGCGGUGAAGGAGCCCGCGGCAGCCCUGAGGGCGGGCGCUGCCUCCCUGAGGCGCGGCCGGACUACAACUCCCAGCAUGCACCGGGACAACUGCGCCUGCGCGGAGCCCUCCGCCCCCUCGGCGGGGCUGUGUGUGAGUGGGGCGCCGCCAUCUUGUCCGUGACGCCCGCCGCCAGCAUGCCGCUACCGGAGGAUCCGGACUGGAAGGCUUAUAAAGUACCGCCGACCCGCACCCCCGUGUCCGAGAGGAUCACAUCGGUACCUAACCCGGUCAACAUCUUCCAGACCGUUUUUAACUAUGUCGUCGACGCGCCCGUCACUUUCAUCCGAGAGUGGAUCGAGCGCCAGCAAGCCAAGAACAAGUUCUACUAUUACCACCAGAAGUUUCGCCGUGUGCCCGACCUGAGCGAGUGUCUGGAAGGAGAUUACCUCUGCUACUUCGAGGCCGAGGCGCAGUGGAGGAGGGACAGGAUGGUUGAUCAGGAAAUCGUGGAGAUCAUCCGGGAGAGGGUUGGUGCCUGCAAGCAGAGGGAGGGACCCAACCAGCUACAGAACUGUGCCAAGGAGGUGGAGCUGCUGGCACAGGUCACCAAGGCCUACCAGGACAGAUAUGGUGAUCUCGGUGUCCAUGGGAAUGCCAGGUCGUGCCUGAUGAAGCAGAAGCACAGGAUGAUGGAGGAGAUGAAGAAAAAAGCAGCUGCCUCCCAGAGCUGAAGGGCUGACACCUCCUCCCUCUGCACUGCUGGUGUCGAGUCCUGCAUGUUGAACUCUGCUGCUCUUGACUUGAACAAUAAAUGCAGCCCAGAAAUGUUGUACAACCACAA